UGAACGAUUGUGUGUUACGACUAAAAAAAACAAAAACGGGCCCCGAAAAACUGGCACACGCAUAGAUCCGGCAAUUUACGGGCGGAUGUUACGGGAAGCGCAUCGCUGAUUUCUCUUAACCCUGUCCGAAAUUUCUUUUCACACAUUGCCGCGUGUGCACGUACAAGCGUGUGUGUGUGUGUGGUUGCCGAUUUUUCCACUCAUCAUCCUCAGCUAGCCACGAAAAAGGAAAAACGUCACUUUCCAUCACGGGGCUAGGUCCCGCCACCAUUUCCAUAAGCGCUUUCGUUUUGACAUCUGUGCGCUGGUGCUGUCUCGCUCACUCUAUUAGCUGCGAGCGAUUUUGUCAUCGUGCUCUCCCUUUUUUGGGUUUGGGCCGUUGCCGCCGUGUGUGUGUGUGCGUGUGUUUACAUGCACGACGCUGCGUUGGAGGUCGUCGGUUUUGAGCGUGUGCCCCUGUAAGUGAACCGGCAAGCCGUUGGGAAACGUUACACACUGGCACUCGCGUUGUAAUGGAAGCAAAGGUAUAGCAUCACACCUUCCUCAACAUCUUCUCUGGCCGGUAUACCUCGAAGCAAAAGGUACGGGGUUACGUCAGUAAAAGCUGUCAGCAACCUUCUCAACCCUCAAUCGGCGUGUUUGCUUCUACGCGACCCGCAAACGAUGCAACCGCACCGAACGUAACGAAACGUGUCCUGCUUGCUUGAUGUCCAACGCACAUCGGCGAAGGAUUCCGACAUAUCGACUUUGCGUAGAUACGCCGUAGGAAAACAACAGCCAAGAGUGUCAUCACUGCCAGUAACAGAGCUGUCCGCUUUGGUGUAACAAUCCGUCACCACUAAUAGCAGUUGAGUGCCAGCGUGUGAGAGAGUGUGUGUGUGUGUGUGACAAACCACACUCCCCACCUUCCCGCCCACAAUACCAACGACACGCCCGUAUAGCCGUUGGUGCGUGUCUGUCUGUAUCCACUACACUAACCAUCUCCCAUCACCCCAUCCGCGUAACGCCGCGAACAUCCACGAACGGAGCGAUGCUAAAUUCCACCUCCAAGCACGUCCUGCACUGUGCGCUACUGUUCGGGUUGCUGUUCGCGUUCGAAAUCUUCUGCGGUGGCAUCAAGGUGAAGGAAAGCUCGUUCGUCGUGAUCGACCCGUGGGCCGAGUAUGGCACGCUGGUAACGAUCGUCCUGUACAUGCUGCGGCUGCUCACCUUCCUGACGCUGCCGCAGGUACUGUUUAACUUUUUCGGGCUCGUCAUCUACAAUGCGUUCCCGGAGAAGGUGAUCCUGAAGGGUUCGCCGCUGCUCGCCCCGUUCAUCUGCAUACGGAUCGUGACGCGCGGCGACUAUGCGGAGCUGGUAAAGACGAACGUGCUGCGCAACAUGAACACCUGUCUCGAUACGGGGCUGGAGAACUUUUUGAUCGAGGUCGUGACGGAUAAACCGAUCGGGCUGCCGAAGCAUCGGCGGACGCGCGAAAUCGUGGUGCCGAAGGAGUACAAAACGAAGACGGGCGCAAUGUUUAAGGCGCGCGCGCUACAGUACUGUCUGGAGGAAACGGUUAACGUGCUGAACAACACCGAUUGGGUGGUGCAUCUCGACGAGGAAACGCUUCUAACGGAGAACAGCGUGCGGGGCAUUAUUAACUUUGUGCUGGACGGGAAGCACCCGUUCGGACAGGGGUUGAUAACGUACGCGAACGAGAACGUGGUGAACUGGUUGACGACGCUGGCGGACAGCUUCCGCGUGUCGGACGAUAUGGGCAAGCUGCGGUUGCAGUUCAAGAUGUUCCACAAACCGUACUUCAGCUGGAAGGGUAGCUACGUGGUAACGCAGGUCCACGCAGAAAAGGCGGUCUCGUUCGAUAACGGCAUCGAUGGUUCGGUGGCGGAAGAUUGCUUCUUUGCGAUGCGCGCCUACGCCCAGGGCUACACGUUCAACUUCAUCGAGGGCGAGAUGUACGAAAAGUCACCGUUCACGUUGACCGACUUCCUGCAGCAGCGUAAACGGUGGCUCCAGGGCAUCCUGCUCGUGGUGCGGUCCGGUUCGAUACCGAUCCGGAACAAGAUACUGCUCGGCAUCAGUCUCUGCUCGUGGAUCACGAUGCCACUGUCCACGUCGAACAUGAUCUUUGCCGCGCUCUAUCCCAUCCCCUGCCCGAACCUGAUCGACUUUGUGUGCGCGUUCAUUGCCGGGUUUAACAUCUACAUGUACGUGUUCGGUGUGAUCAAAUCGUUCUCGCUGUACCGGUUCGGGCUGGUGAAGUUUUUGGCGUGCGUGCUCGGCGCCCUAUGCACCAUCCCGAUCAACGUCGUGAUCGAGAAUGUGGCGGUAAUAUGGGGCCUGGUCGGGAAGAAGAACAAGUUCUACGUGGUGCAGAAGGAUGUGCGGGCGCUCGUCACUGUUUAGAAGAAGCAGAGGAAAAAAAACGCGAGCACACAGUUUGUCUCGGAUCUCGGACACACCUGCGCGGUGGUUAUUAGAUUGUACGCGUAGCUUUUAAGACACCUUCUCUUUACUGUACACCCGUGUACCGGUAAGCGUCACAGCGAUGCUUUCGUUUUCUUUUCGUUUCACAACUCUAACACCUCUGUCAACACCGAUUUCCGUUUUCUGGGCCCCACUCUUUACAGACCCCGUGUAGCAAAUGUACGGGCCCCUUUUUUGUUGUUCGUUGCCUUUUUGUGGCGGAGCUCUAGCUCUCAUAAUUGGUUUAAGAAAUACGCGAUAGUGUAUAGGUGUACCACGAACGCAUCGGUAACAACAUCACGACCACGGCCUUUCGAGAGUUGAGAGGUUCACAAACACACCACCAACUCAGUCACAUUUCAACCUUAGUAGGGUCAAGCGGGGAGUUAGAAAGGGAAAAUAAUGACCUACCAAAAACCCGGCCACCAGAUCAGAGAGAGGGGGUCAGAGAAGAGAAGCAAUUUGAAUUCGGUAUUACAGAGUUACAGACAUUGCGGAACCAUCCUCCUCAUUAAGAGCAGCACGCUUCGGAACGAUCCUUGCCAUCGCGCAACAUCGUUUGGAAAAGAAGAUGGAGGUAAACCAUUAGACCAUAGAAGGAUGCAGGCUAAGUAACGAUCGUAGCGAACAAUACUUAGUAAUAAGGGCGAGUAAGAAGCUUCUCACUUUCUCGGAGAGGUUUAUUCAAUUAGCAAACAAAACACGUGUUGCAUAUCGGGCGGACAGUUGCUCCGCCUGCUAGAUUAAGGCUCGUACUGCGAAACUUCACGCCCUGGGAAGAAAACCUUGGCUUGGAGUGGUUAAAAAUUACAGACAAAAUCCAUAAGCACCAAACCGGUACUGGAAACAUCAUUUCGCAUCAUGCUCAUGCUCGACUACCUCGUCUGUUCUGUUUCAGUUUUUUUUUCCGUCGCCCCCACGAAAGGAACACAAGCUGCUUUGAAUGAUAUUAAGCGAAAAUUUAGAUACACACGUGCUCACAUGCUUUUCUGUUUGCUCGGGGCUUCACGUCCGGGGCAGCUGUGUACAGAGGAGCUGUAUAGUUGGUUCGAUUUAGUGACGAUUGUGCUCUACUUACAUCUAGUCUAUUUAUUUUGAGUCGCCAACUGGACAGGAAUUCCAACAGCUUCACAGCACCAUACACACCAAUCGCGUGUGUGUGUGUGUGCGUAAGCCGCUGAAAGGAUUUUCCUCGCCUUGGAAAAGCUAGUGGAAUAAAUUUUGAAUGGUGACCGGCAGUAGGGCUGUAACGAUUCUUAUACCGUUUUUUUUUUGUUUGUUUCGCGCAAUUAAUUAUUUACUGUGUUAAGGAGUUGUAUGGAUGCAUGGAACGAUACACGCGUUUCGUGUCGCAGCUGGCAUGGUUUUAGUUUUUAGUAGAAGUUAAAGAACAGAAACGGGCAAAACGCGAGAUUGUGAAGGACGCGCCUCAAGGAAGAAAAAAAAAGCAAGAGACUCAGGCUCAAGCCUUUUGGAAAGUUCACACACACACCCACACACCAAAAACGAAAACAUUAUUUGCGAUUUAGAUGUACUAAAAAAAAGAAGAAAAAUCGUGUUAAAUUAUUCUUAUAUGUUUUUUUUAUAUAAACUAAUCGUGCUCAUUCUGUAUGUUUCAAACUACCACCCAAAGCGACUCUAUUGUGUAACUCUAAGAAAAGAUAAACAAACACCCCCGAACGCAUCUUAACUAUGUAUAAAAAAAACACACAGUUAGCCAUUAUGAUUUUUCAAUAAUUAUGAGAGAGCAAAUCCGGAGCAAAUACCAACUAAGCAAACCCAAGUCCGUUGCAAAAAAAUCAUACGAAAUAGCUGGUGGUGCAUAUCAGCUUUAGGGAGGGUUUUAAUUCAGCCCACUCAGGACCUUGAAGCGUGUCCAGAAAGUUUAGAACACAACAGCUGGCACUACGCAGCUUGGGAGAUAUGGGGACCAGCCAUAUUUGCUGGCUACCUUGAAGGACCUGUCAUGUACACCGGGGCCUCAGACACCACACGCUACUGUCACCACUGACACCUCCUAGUAAUACUGUAUGGCCUCACCAUUUUAAGCUCUAUUAAAUAUAAAACAAUUCAACAACUUUACAAAAGCAAUCAAGUAAACGAGCUAGCCCAAACAAAAACAAACCAAUGCUCUUCUCUCACCUCACCGUAUGUUUUAUUGUGUUUCACGCGCAUUUCACAAGAUUUGUUUUUUGUAAAAAUUUUGUAAACAGAAUCUCUCGGUUCGCGACAGCGCAGCGCAACCGAGUUCCCGAAGGAAACCACCCACAGGUUUGAGCCGGAUAUUAGUUAUUACCACUGCCUCUGGUAAUUAGUAAAGACAGAAGAGCACACACACACACACCUUUACGAGCGAUGCAAAGCAAGAAAGAUGUAUUAAAUCAAGUAUGUAAUAUAUCUUACAAAAAAGGGAGGAUGGGUUAUUCCUGCUGUGUUUAUGCCAGUAUAUAUUCAAACGCUUAAUAGCCGGGGUACACGUGUGUGUGUGUGUGCGUAUAAGUUGCUCUUUUUGUAUUAUUUAGUGAAGGUUUAAAGCAAUGAUGUAUAUUUUAUUUAAGUAUCGCUACGCGUAAGACAUCAUAACAGUGCACGGUUGUAUUGGUGAAGCGAACAUGGAGGAGUGUAAUGAUUAUCCAAUGUAUAUCAAUGAGUAUAGGGAGGAGGUUUUUAUUUUAAGGGUGGUAAUGCUCUUUAUUGUUAUUUUUUUCCCCCCUUGUGGUGUUGUUUCCGACCUGUGAGGAGAAAGAGAGAGAGAUUAAGAAGCCUUCGGUGAUACGGAUCAAGAUGGCUAGCUGCAUGUAAUGAGACCGUUACCGUACAAGGACCCUUCUGUACCAGAGAUUAUGCUCGCUAAGCGGUAAAAAUGGAGGCGGUCAAAAAUAGAAAAGCGGUCCUCCAUUGCUAUCGCUAAAACACACACACACACGCAAAGCCCUUUCUGUUCCUCCGCCUCCAUUGGCUUAAACGUCAUUUGUUACCUUUAGCUUGAACGACCACACCAUCAUUAGAGACGUGCUCGGGACAUAGAACUGUAGCGUAGGAAGAUCCAUCUUAAUUUAAAACCACAUUCAGUAUCCACUACCCGGAUGAGGUUUUCGAAGUGUGUCGUUGCAAAGAGUGAAUAGCUUAGUACCGAUUCCUGCAAGGAAAGCUCCUUAGAUUUAGUUGCAUAUGUAUGCUGUUUUUUGUUUUGUUUCAAAGUGCGAAGGUUGCUUCUGCGUAUAGCAUAAAACAUUAAGGUUCGUUUCCAUACUUAACACACACACACAUCACAACAACCCCUUUAUCGAGCUCACAAGAGGCACGCCUAUUUAUUAGAGUCGCGCCGUCAGUUAGCCAGCCAGUCAGUCAAACGAAUGAACAGAACGAUAUUAAAAAAAUGCGAAAGACCUUGUUUUCCGUUUUGUCAUUUUGCAUUUCAUCCCUCACACCUCCUAAUGAGGAUAGUACGCUACUAGAAUUCGGAAGCGCAAGAACGAAUACAAACGAGCAUCACAAACUACAAGCAAGAAAAAAAAACGGGGAAAAUGUUCGGCAAACAUUAAUAGCGAUAAGCGGAAAAACGCGGGACACAAGCAUAUAGGGCAGAAGAAUACGAAACAAAAAUGUAGAAACAAAAUGCAGUAAAACAAAAAAAAAAA